GGCUCGGCGUUCUGUCAGAGCGGCGGGCAGGCUGAGCGGCGGCGUGGGGCGGCGGGGACGCGGGUGGAGGAGCGGGACGGAGCCCCUGCAGCCGCCGCUGUCACCCUCACAACUCACCCGCCACUCCUUCGCGGCAGCACAGCGCCCCGCGGGGUGAGUGCCGGGCCCUCUGUCGGAAGAUACAGUCGUCUCCGUUGUGUCCUGACAGGAGGCGCGCUGCUGCUGUCCCCCGCUGCUGACACUGCUCUCUGCCGUCGCCGCGGGAGACGCGCCCCUAGAGCCUCCCCGCUCCCCCGCGGCCGGGGAUGGCGCGGCGGGCGCUGGCCCCGCUGCCGUGACGGGACCGCGCCGCCGCCUCCCGCCGCUCCCCCGCCAGCACCGGACAUGCCGCUGCCCGCCCGCAUCGCUGCCCGCCACCGUGACCUGGCCCCGCCGGGCCCCGGGAUGGGCCGCGGGAGCUGAUCCGUCAGGGGGCAACGACGAGAAGGAUGAGCCACGGGGGGAGCCCUGUGAGAGCCUACGAUUUCCUGCUCAAGUUCCUGCUGGUGGGCGACAGCGACGUGGGCAAGGGGGAGAUCCUGGCCAGCCUGCAGGACGGGGCCUCCGAGUCGCCCUAUGGGUCCCACACGGGUAUAGAUUAUAAGACAACAACGAUUCUUCUGGAUGGCCGGCGGGUCAAGCUACAGCUCUGGGAUGCAUCAGGGCAAGGGAGAUUCUGCACCAUAUUUCGGUCUUACUCAAGAGGAGCCCAGGGAGUAAUACUAGUAUAUGAUAUUACAAAUCGUUGGUCAUUUGAUGGAAUCGAUCGGUGGAUAAAAGAAAUAGAUGAGCAUGCUCCUGGUGUACCAAAAAUCCUGGUUGGAAAUCGCCUUCACUUGGCCUUCAAGCGCCAAGUGUCUACUGAACAAGCACAAGCCUACGCUGAGAGGCUGGGCAUGACUUUCUUUGAAGUCAGUCCACUUUGUAAUUUCAAUAUUACAGAGUCCUUUACUGAGCUAGCAAGAAUAGUAUUGAUGAGACAUGGAAUGGACAGGCUCUGGAGGCCCAACAAGGUUCUGAGCCUGCAAGACCUUUGUUGCCGUGCCAUAGUUUCCUGUACCCCUGUGCAUCUCGUUGACAAGCUCCUUCUCCCUGUUGCCUUAAGAAGCCAUCUCAAGUCUUUCUCCAUGGCAAAUGGCCUUAAUGCCAGGAUGAUGCAUGGACGUUCCUACUCCCUCACAUCCAGCAACAUCAAUAAAAGGAAUAGCUUAAAAAAAGCUAAAAUCCUCCGUCCACCACAGAGCCCCCCAAAAAACUGUGCACGAAACAGCUGUAAAAUUUCUUAAGCUCUCUGUGGGAAAAGGAACCUGGAUGGAAUCCCCUCAUGUGAAGCACUGAACACAAGGACUCCAUGUUUAAUGGUUGAGCACACUAUGUAUUUAUCACACUACAUAGCCAAAAAUAAGAUAAAUAAGUCUUAUUUUAGAGCUUGCUCACUACAGUAAUGCUGCUUUGGAAUGAAUGAUGGGUUCAGCGCAACUGAAAGGACGUGACAUUUUGCUCUUGGAUUUUCAUACUGCAUUUUGGUUUCUGAAGUGCGUGAUGCCAUUGCUUUUACUAGUAGAUGGGGAUAAUUAUCAUUACAUUCAGUUCUUAAUUCCAUAAAAUCUGGAAAUUGACUUACUGUGUAAUUGUAUAAAAUCUUGUGGUUUUGCAAACUAUUUAAAAAUAUAAAAAUGAGUCACCGGUUUGCGUAUUCAGGCAGAGGUUUUAAGUGCAAUGUAUUGUGUACAUUGUCAAAUUCUACAAAUAGUGUGAGAAAUUCUAGGAAUACUGCAAUUGUGCAUUUGGAUUUUUUGUAAAGCUUCCUUGAUAACUUUGAAGCACUAACUUAACUAAGCUAAAAAUGUAUAUAUAUAAUUAUUAUGCACAUACACAACAAGGUUUUGUCCCAUUAGUGUAUGUAAUAGAUUUGAUAAAGUUUUGGGUAUGUUAUUUAAUACUUUGGGGAAUUAAUUUGUGGUUUAAAUACUUAUUUUUCUGUUAAAAAAAAAAACAUUUUAUACCACUCUACAAGAAAGUUUGAGGACGAAAAUGCCAAAGCCACUGUGGUAAAAGGAACAUGACUUGAAGAGCUGCUUUAUAGGAAAGAACACUAUUUAAAAAAUAAAUAGAUGUUUCUGGAAAAGAAAUUCCA